AUGGAGGUUGAUGAGGUCUUUCUCGUCGAGGAAUUGGGCUACUAUGUAAUUACACCCCUCCCCAAGGGCUAGAGCGUCGUCGUCGUGGAGUCCGACGAGGCCGACAUGGGCGUCGAGACCUUCUACGACGGCUACCUCGCUGCAAUUAUGGUCGAAGAGGGUGCCGUGGCCCCCGUCGGCUCCGCCAACGCCCUCCUAGCGGACGAGAUCCCCCUCGCUAAAUCCCAAGCCUCCUCCUCCUCCGCCAGUGGCGUUUCCGCUUCUCCUCCUCCCGCUCAAGCACCUGCCUCUCCUCCCCUGCGAACCGUAGCGUCUCCGAAACCCUCUCCGGCGGCCGCUUCUUCUUCGACCACUCGGCGUCAGACGGUGGGCAGCGGAUACGCUAAGAAGCUUGCUAAGGAUCUAAAGUUGGACCUGACUGGGUUGUCUGGAACCGGACCAAUGGGGAGAAUCGUGGCCAAGGAUGUGGAAAUUGCCGCUGCAAGUGCUGCAGCCAUGCGGAUCGCUCCACCGAAGGCCACAGUGGAAUCUCGAUUGGCGAAGUCUCCUACUUCUCCAGCCAUCGAAUUGGGCACUGUGGUUCCAUUCAUCACAAUGCAGUGUGCUGUUAUCUAAAACAUGGUCGAUUGCCUCUCAGUUCCGACGUUCCGGGUUUAUACGAUCACAACGAAUGUCCUUGAUGAUCUUUACAAGAAAACUAAGUCAAAGGGGUGUCACCAUGACUGCAUUGCUAGCAAAGGCUACUGUUGCUGCAGAGAUGGUAAAAGCUUUACCUACAACAGCAGCAUCAACAUUGCUGUUGCUGUGGCCAUUGAUGGAGGGUUAAUCACACCAGUCCUUCAGGGUGCAGACAAGGUUGAUAUCUACUCAUUGUCAAAGAAAUGGAAGGAAUUGGUUGACAAGGGAAGAGCGAAGCAGCUGCAACCUCAUGAGUAUAACACUGUCUGCAGGUACAUUUACUCUUUUAAACCUUGGGAUGUUUGGUGUUUUUGAUGCAAUUUUGCCUCCUGGAAUUGUAAGCAUUGAUCCUAAGUGCAUCUCAACCAACUGUUGUUGCUACCGAGGAUGGUAGGAUUAGUUUAAAGAGUCAGAUGCAGGUGGAUACUGCAGAUCACUGUAUCAUUUAUGGAAAGAUCUCACCCUCGAAGUGCUGCUAGAAAAUUAGUGAGUAGAGAAGCCAUUGCAUGAUCCAUUUUAUUAUUAUCCGCAGAUUAAUGUGAUAUUGAUUUUUUUUCAUUCAACCUUAUCCGCAUUUUUAUUGUCAGUGACAUUGGUAUUCCAAUAAAGUUUUGUUGAGCCAAGCAGGUUUCAGUAUGUUGUGACAUUUGUGUUUCUACUUCAGAAUGACUUCCAAGUGUGUCAUUUUUUGAUCUGUUUGGAAAGUGUUCUAUGUUGCCUUGUCAUAACAAUUUCAGAUUAGCAGUAAUCCUGAGUGGUUGACCAGCCUUUGCAUCAAUCUGUGAGGUGUAGAUUAUAGCUUCUUAUCCUCCAGUAUCAUUGAUCCCCACAGAUGGGAUCGGAUCUGCGGGGAUAAGAAGAGACCUGACUCUUUGAUUAGGAGGGCUCUAAUAAGAUCCUUCUUAGUCUA